AGAAAAAGGGAUGGUGAAAAAUCGACAUUAGCGAAGCGAAAACAAAUCCCCCAGCUCAGAAGGAAAGUUUCUUCAAAGAUUUAGCCAUUUCCAGGCGGGCAACAAACAUGUCGCUCCCCAGCAUCAUGCUGACCGUGGUGUUGGUGGUUUCGUUUGCUGUGCUUAUUGUACCGCUGCAAGGACAACUGCACAAAAACCUCAAAUACUACGAGACACUCCACGCGAAGGAUCUUUCGCAUCGGAUUGAAAAACGUGGCACCAAGCACAGCACCCACCCGUUCAACACGAUAAAGGAGGUGGAGUUUAAGGUGUUGGGCCGUAAGUUUCGCCUGAUUCUGCACCCACACGCAUCGGUACUGCACAGCAACUUCCGGGCCUACUCCGUCGAUGGCAACGGGAGUGAAUCGAUUGUCCAUCUCGAUCGGAGCAAUUUUUUCAAGGGCCGUGUGUUUGGCGAAAUGGAAUCGCAUGUGAACGCGCACAUCGACGACGGUGUGAUGACUGCGUCGGUCGUACUGCCGGACGAAACGUACCACAUCGAGCCGUCGUGGCGCCAUUUGCCGCACCUGAGCGAUAAGCACAUGAUCGCUUACCGUACGUCGGACAUCAAGUUUAGCUGGGAUCAGGUGGACGCCAUCUCGGGCGAUCUCGGCGUGCCCCGGACGUGUGGUUACGUCAAGGAGGGGCUAGAGCUGGAAGGACAACCGGACGACGGUGACGAGGCCGCAGACGGCGGACAAGCCUUUGCGGAUGGUGGUGUGGAUGCGUACGAAAACGACAAUGAUCCAACGCCGGAAACGGUAUGGCAUGCGGAAGACUCUCAAGACGCCCGGAAAUCACGCCGCAAACGGCAGGCCGACCAGUACGAGUACACCCCGACCAAAACUCGGUGCCCGUUGCUGCUCGUAGCCGACUAUCGGUUCUUCCAGGAGAUGGGCGGAAGCAACACUAAAACGACCAUCAAUUACUUGAUAAGCCUCAUCGAUCGGGUGCACAAAAUUUACAACGACACCAUCUGGCAGGACCGGUCGGAUCAGGAAGGAUUUAAGGGGAUGGGGUUCGUCAUCAAAAAGAUCGUGGUGCAUUCCGAACCGACGCGGGUUCGGGGCGGUGAGGCCCACUACAAUAUGGUGCGUGAAAAGUGGGACGUUCGAAAUCUGCUCGAGGUAUUUUCCCGGGAGUACAGUCACAAGGAUUUUUGCUUGGCACAUCUGUUUACAGAUCUAAAGUUUGAGGGAGGAAUUUUGGGCCUAGCGUACGUGGGCUCUCCGCGCCGCAAUUCCGUCGGCGGCAUCUGCACUCCAGAAUACUUCAAAAAUGGCUACACGCUGUACCUGAACUCUGGCCUGAGCAGUUCCCGCAAUCACUACGGGCAGCGCGUUAUUACGCGCGAAGCGGAUCUUGUAACGGCGCACGAGUUCGGCCACAACUGGGGCUCGGAGCACGAUCCCGACAUUCCGGAGUGUUCACCGAGCGCGUCCCAGGGCGGCAGCUUCCUGAUGUACACCUACUCGGUCAGCGGGUACGACGUUAACAAUAAGAAGUUUUCACCCUGCUCGCUCCGUUCGAUCCGCAAGGUGCUGCAAGCGAAGUCGGGCCGUUGCUUUUCCGAGCCGGAAGAAUCGUUCUGCGGCAAUCUGCGCGUCGAGGGCGACGAGCAGUGCGAUGCCGGGCUGCUCGGCACGGAAGAUAACGAUGCGUGCUGCGACAAGAACUGCAAGCUGCGCCGCAAUCAGGGAGCGGUGUGCAGUGACAAGAAUUCGCCGUGCUGCCAGAACUGCCAGUACAUGAUGGCGGGCGUGAAGUGCCGGGAGGCACAGUACGCCACCUGCGAGCAGGAGGCACGCUGCACCGGCAAUCAUGCCGAAUGUCCGAAGAGCCCACCGAUGAGCGAUGGCACGAUGUGCCAGGAGCGGGGCCAGUGCCGCAACGGGAAGUGUGUGCCGUACUGUGAGACGCAGGGCCUGCAGAGCUGCAUGUGUGACAUCAUCGCGGAUGCCUGCAAACGGUGCUGCCGGCAGAGCAUCAACGAAACGUGCUUCCCGGUCGAACCGCCCGACGUGCUGCCGGAUGGGACGCCCUGCAUACAGGGCUUCUGCAACAAGGGGAUGUGCGAGAAAACGAUCCAGGACGUGGUGGAGCGGUUCUGGGACAUUAUCGAGGAGAUUAACAUUAACAAGGUGUUGCGGUUCUUGCGCGACAACAUUGUCAUGGCGGUAGUGAUGCUGACGGCACUGUUUUGGAUCCCGGUCAGCUGCGUGAUUGCGUACUUCGAUCGCAAGAAGAGGAAAGAGGACUGGAAGGAGUACGAGUGGAGCCAGAAGCUGGAUCUCAUUCACCCGAGCGAUCGCAGACGGGUCAUUCACAUCCGAGUUCCGAGACAGAAAAUUACCGUUGCCAGAAUGUGAAUCCCCCGCCGGUAAUCGAUCGGUGGGCAUGAUUGAAUUGGGUUUGGGGGAAUUUCUUUCUUCUUUUCGUACCUAUUCACAAGCAAGAAAUGGUCUCCUUCCCUAUCAGUUCCAUUAGCACAACUGUGUAAACGUACGUAACGCUCGAUAAAAGAGGAAUCGGUAAUGCAAUCUUUAUCACCAUUCGAGUAAAUAGAAACGUUCGGAAAACAAACGCUCA